AUGGGUCUUGGGGAUCACUUCAUGGCCACCUAUAGGCACAUCAAAGCCGAGCAUGAAGCCGGCCACCGUACCAAAGGUGCGUUGGAGAACGUCCUUGAUGGGAUGUGGAAGAAGAAGACGGAUGCGAAGGGUUACAGUGACAGACUCCGAGAAGGGGAAAGGAAAGAGAGGGAGAAGAUGAAGACGGAUGCGAAGGAUUAUAGUGACAGACCAAGGGAAGGCGCAAGGAGAGAGAGGGAGAAAAUACGAAAGAGCGAACCAGAGCGUGUCAGAUGGACCGAACGGAAGCCUGAAAAGACGCGGGGCGAUGAAUCGAAACAAAAGGCUGCUGAAAAGGAAGCAAAGGAACGCCAUCGUCAUGAACAAGACGAGCGCCGCCGUGAAUACGAGAAACGACUUGAACACGAACAUCGUGAGAAACGACAACAUGAGGAAGACAGCAAGAAGAAUCGUAGCUCGCCGAUUCCUGAGAUUCGUGUUCAGCCCCCUACGGCUAGUGGGACUCCUCGCCGUGAACAAGACGAGCUUCGUGAGAGACAAAGGCAGGAUGAGAAGCGAAAGCAAAUUGAGGAACAAAGGCAGGAGGAGAAGCACUGGCAGGAUGAGAAGCGAAGGCAGGAUGAGAAGCGGAGGCAAGACGAGAAGCGAAGGCAGGAUGAGGAACGAAGGCAGGCCGAGAAGCGAAGGCAAGAGGAAGACAGGAAGAAGAACCUUAGCUCGCCGAUUCCCAAGGUUCGUGUCCAGCCUCCUGCACCUAUCAACUCCGGUGGCUCGCAAUUCUCAGGCCCCUACUGCUCCGAAAUAUCCUCCUCCACCGGCUCCAAGACGGCCGAGCAGACCUAUCCGGUCCAAUACUCCUCCCAAUCGUACACCCCCAAUUGCUCCAGUAGCGCACGACCGGUAUGUGCCACCGGCCCAGCCUCCGGCGUCUGA